AUGGAUGAAAGGUUCAACAAGUGGCUGCUGACGCCCGUGCUCACUCUCCUCUUCGUGGUCAUCAUGUACCAGUACGUGUCCCCCUCCUGCACCAGCUCCUGCACCAACUUCGGGGAGCAGCCCCGCGCGGGGGAGGCCGGCCCGCCCGCCGUCCCGGGACCUGACCCGCUUCGUGGAUUUCAACAUCAAAGGCGCGACGUGAUCGUGUUCCUCCACAUCCAGAAGACCGGGGGCACCACUUUCGGCCGGCACCUGGUGAAGAACAUCCGGCUGGAGCAGCCUUGUAGCUGCAAAGCCGGCCAGAAGAAGUGCACCUGCCACCGGCCUGGCAAGGAGACGUGGCUUUUCUCCCGCUUCUCCACCGGCUGGAGCUGCGGGCUGCACGCCGACUGGACGGAGCUCACCAACUGCGUGCCGGCCAUCAUGGAGAAGAAGGACUGUCCCCGCAACCACAGCCACACCAGGUCCUGUGCUAAGUCCUUGAAAUGUGUUAUCGUACUCCUCAUAAAACAUUUUAAGGGAAGAAGGAGCCCUCCCCUGCCCUGCUCAUGCCUGACUAGCCACCUGCUGUAACAAAGGGACUCAGAAAAGUGCUGUACUUAUGGUUCCAGCUUUAUUUUCAAGGAUUCCACUCAGAACAGAUGGUUCUACAUCCUACAGUUGAGUGACAAAGAACUUUGGUCUGGGGCAUACCAGUGCCUUUCACAGAAGGUGCCUGCUUCUUCUUUGCCUUCCACCAUGGUUGUAA